GGUCAAGCCAUACGUGCACAUGGAGUACAUCCCGGUGACCGGCCAGAAAAAGUACUGCGACAUGAUGCGGGACCUCUCCGGCGCCUGCGACAAGGAUAAACAGACGGCGGACUACCUGGAGGGUACCGUGUACAGCAAGAACCAGGCGGUCAUCAUGGUCGGCAACCUGGCGGACCUGCCGGCCGGACAGGAACACAAGGUGAACCACAUCGCGCGCUGGUACAAACCCUGGUUCUACAGACACGCCGAGAGCUUCCUGAGCGGGGGUCGGGCGGACGAGUACAUUCCGCUGCGGGAGUACCUGCUGCGCCACAACCGCGCCAUCUUUUGGGUGGUCGAGGCCAUGAUACCGUUCGGCAACAACCCGAUCUUUAGGUUUUUCCUUGGUUGGCUGCUGCCGCCGAAGCCAGCCUUCUUGAAGCUCACUACAACUCCAGGAGUCCGGGCUAUGACUUUCACCAAACAAGUAUUUCAAGACAUCGUUCUUCCCAUGAACAUUCUUGAAAAGCAGAUCGACAUAAGCGAGGAGCUCUUUGACACGUACCCCGUGUUGAUCUACCCGUGCCGUAUAUACGAUCACGGGAAACACACGGGUCAGCUGCGUCCCCCGAGGCCUGACCAGCUGUGCCCUGGUGCCGGCUGGGCCAUGUUUAACGACCUGGGCGUGUACGGCGUGCCGGGACCGGUGCGACGCAAGCAACGAUACGAUGCCGUUCGCCAGAUGCGCGCCAUGGAGAAGUUUUGCCGGGAUGUUGGCGGCUACCCUUUCCUUUACGCCGACAUCUUCAUGUCGCGGAAGGAGUUCGAGGAGAUGUUUGACCUGACCGCUUACGAGCGCGUUAGGGACAAAUAUCACGCCAACGGUGCCUUCCCUCACCUGUACGACAAGGUGAAGCCCGAGAUUGACGUGGUGGCAGUCGGGGAGGAGUACAUAGACCCGCUGUAGAGUCUCGCCCCCCGAACUCCGCUGCGCCGUCUGCAGUAUGCCGUUCACCAUCGUGCCACGACACCUGCCGUUGAAUCACGUCUAAGAGUGACAUGUGCCGCGUUUACCAAGCUGUCUGAUGGCGACCGACCUGUUACAUCUGAAGCACGCGUGCUGGUGCAGUAUGUGCUGGCACUGAUGCGUGCCACCCAGUGGCACGUGUUUGGGGACGGCAUGUGCUGACGCGUCAUUCGAGAGUGUGCAUCAAGUUGGCUGGUAGCAUCAAGCCUUUUGUGACGGGUACCACUCCUGCAGCUUUCGUCAAUAUAUGGACGGAUGGUCACCACG